UCAUUGCGACCCUCCCAGAGAAGCAAGUCCGCGAGUUUGCAGUCAGGUAUCGGUGCGCGCGGUGGUGCCUUGCGCUGGUCAUCAGGUGGAGAUGGAGCGCGAGCCAGAGGAUCACGCGGCCGCAGGAAUCAGACGGAGCAGCUGCAAACAUCAGUCAUCGACAGACCCGCGCUGGACGAUGAAAUGAUGGUUGGAGAUGAUCCUUACAACCCAUACAAGUCUAAUGACCCGGACAAUCCGUUUUAUAACUAUUAUGAUGCGUACGAGAGACCCCGUCCUGCACCGCGCCCGGGAUAUGGCACAAGAUACUCCCAGUAUGGUUUGCCUGAUCUUGUUGGAGACCCAUACUACAUCCAAGCGUCCGCCUAUGUGCAGAGCGUUCCAAUGUACAAUCUCAGAUGCGCCGCUGAGGAAAACUGCUUGGCGAGCACUGCAUACAGAUCCAGCGUGAGAGACUACGACACGCGCAUGUUGCUGAGGUUCCCGCAGCGAGUCAAGAACCAAGGUACCUCCGACUUUCUUCCCAGCAGGCCGCGCUACAGCUGGGAAUGGCACAGCUGCCAUCAGCACUACCACAGCAUGGACGAGUUCAGUCAUUAUGACCUGCUGGAAGCCAGUUCUCAGAGAAGAGUAGCAGAGGGACACAAGGCCAGUUUCUGUCUGGAAGACACGUCCUGUGACUACGGCUACUACCGACGAUACGCCUGCACCUCCCACACUCAGGGCCUGAGUCCAGGGUGUUACGACACUUACAAUGCCGACAUCGACUGCCAGUGGAUAGAUAUUACUGAUGUGAAACCUGGAAACUACAUCCUCAAGGUUAGUAUAAAUCCCAGUUACCAGGUGCCAGAGUCGGACUACAGUAACAAUAAUGUGCGCUGUGAUGUACGUUACACCGGAAACUAUGUUUAUGUUUCAGGAUGUCAUAUUUCACAGUAUUAAGAAUCUACUAAAGGAUCCUAAGGAAUAGGGAAAGAUAAUCAGAAAUGAAGUUUUUGAUGAU